ACAAGCCCCGCUCUCUGGUGUUGCCAGGUACUCCCCCAGUUCAAAGCCAGUCUUCCGCCUCAAGGAGAACUCAGAGGGUUUCGAGGGUUUUCAUUCCGCCAUGUCUUCCCCCGACCAAGCUCCCGCCUUGGAGCCCCCUGAGAAGGAGGAGAAAAGCCUAGCGGCGGAUCCGGUCGUCCCCGAGGCUGAGAAAACCCCAGCUUCGGAAGAGCAGGGGAAUGGCCCGAGUGUCGACGGCAAAGGCGAUUCUUCGAGCGGCGGAGCAGCUGGGUCUUCCGGCCCUGAAGAGCAGAGUGCCGAGAAAGCUCUAGCUCUCGCGGAUGAGUUCUUCGAGGAGGGGUCGAAGGCAAUAGAGGCCGGGGAUUUCGUGGAUGCCGUGGAUUGCCUUAGCCGCGCCCUAGAAAUUAGGGUUGCGCAUUAUGGAGAACUUGCUCAGGAAUGUGCUAGUGCUUAUUAUAAAUAUGGCUGUGCACUAUUAUACAAGGCUCAAGAGGAAGCUGAUCCAUUGGGUAAUGUUCCUAAGAGCUCUCCCACAAACCUGCAGAAGGAUAGAACCACUAGUGGUGCAGAAAAUAGUGGAAGCUCAAAGGCUUCUGCUUGUGAUGAUAAAGAAGACAUUCCAUGUGGUAAUAAUGAGGAAUCUGGAGAAGAAGGUAGCGACAAGGAUCAGGAAGAUGUUAAUGAGGGAACUGAAGGAGAUGGUGAGGAUCUGGCAGAAGCAGAUGAAGAAGACUCUGAUUUAGAUCUGGCAUGGAAAAUGCUAGAUGUUGCUAGAGCAAUUGUUGAGAAGCGCCCAGAAGACUCAUUGGAGAAAGUAAAUAUCUUGGCUGCUCUGGGGGAGGUCUCAUUGGAAAGAGAGGAUAUUGAGACUUCCCUUAGUGACUAUCAGAAAGCUCUAUCCAUAAUGGAAUGUCUGGUUGAGUCAGAUAAUCGACGAAUUGUUGAAUUAAAUUUUAGGAUAUGUUUGGUGUUGGAGCUUGGGUCAAAAAUUGAAGAGGCUAUUCCCUAUUGUGAAAAGGCUAUUUCCUUGUGCAAAUCCCGCUUACAAAGACUCAAGGAAAAUGCAGUGAAGACUAUAGAUUCUGCAGCAACCAGUGGAGACCCUAUGUCGGACACUGAUAAAAGUGGUAAUCGUUCCAGUGAAACCAGUUCUGGAUUGUCUAAUUUGGAGGAAGAGAUAGAUUUUCUUGGUGGCAUCUCAACUGAGCUUGAAAAGAAGGUUAACUGUAGAUGGGGUAUAUCUUUGGCAAUGAAAGUAAUCAAGUUUUUCCCUUUUGGGAUGCAGCUUGAAGACCUGCAGCAAAUCAAAUCAAAUCCAAGAUCUGUUGUGUCUGAAGUUAUGAAAAUGUUUGCUUCCAAAUCAACAUCCGGCGAGAACAACCUGCCAGAGAGUGUAGCCAGAUCUUUAUCUUCGAGUUCAUCACGGAUGGGCAUUAUCAGUGGUGCUGGUGGUUUCGAUUCGCCGACGAUUUCUACUGCUGCAACGAAUGGAGGUGUAACACACCUGGGCGUUAUAGGGAGAGGCGUAAAGCGGGCUACUGUAAGUUCAGUCGUUGUAGAGCCAUCACCGAAGAAGCUUUUGUUGGACUCAUCUACAGAGAAAGCUGAUAGCAGCACUUCAGAGGUUGUCAAUUCCAUGGCCCAGGAUUCUGAAACUUCUUCAAAAUAAUGCUCAUACACUUCUCCCAUUUUUUGGCUUUCACUGUAUGACUUGAUAUUGUGGAAUUGUUCUACUUUCGGUCACUUGGAUUGCUCUGAACUUGUGUCGUUCCAAUAGGAAAGUUUAUGAUGCUGCUACUUUGUUAGUCUGCUAUGUGCCGAAUGCAUGUGUGUGGUUUCUUAUUUAA